CAAAGCAAAUCAAUGAUUGCCCCGAUUACCCAAAAGAAAAACUGAUAUUUUUUUAACGUCACGAGACCAGAGGGAGAAAGCAGCCACUUUCUAGUUAACAAGGGAUUGGAGCAAAAUAAUGGUGGGCUAAUGCCGCCCUUGUUCACUGUGGCCAUUUAUUUUAUAUUUAUGUCGCUGUCAUUAAAAAUCUCCACAUACGGUAAAAUCUUGGUGCUGCAGUUGAACGUGGUUCAAAAUGGUUGGAUUAUUAAAGUUGAUGAUGAUAAUAUCUCUAGAGCUGUGCAGCGAAUGUAGUAGUAGAAGAAGAUUGGGGGAGGGGAGGUGAGGAAGAGGAAAAUCUCAUUCUGUAUACACAAAGUCCCAAAAAUAUCCUCACCUCGCCCCUCUUCUUAGAAAUCUUCAGUAUGGAAAAUCACUCUGGCGAACACAAAGAUGCAGAUACAGCCUUCAAUUCUUGCUCUCCGAAUCCUAAUUCCCAGAAUUUUGAGACUUCUAGCUUAGUUGAUCCAAGUUAUAUAAUAUAUCUGAUUCGUCAACUUCUGCCAAAUGGUGCUGGCAUGAAACAUGAAGCACAGCAAGAUAGAAAUGACAUUAACUCAGAAAAGGACAGCAAUUCUCUGGAGAGGGUACACGAUAAGUACUAUUUAGAUGCAAAUGGAAAUACAGAAAUUACUGACACUGAUUCUGCGGUUCCCAGUUCUUGUAAUCAUCAGGAUAAUGUUUCUAAAGAAAAUUCAACUGGCAGAGAAAUUAAUCAAAGGAAAACACAAGUUGUGGAUGUGUUUGAUGCUAUGCAAGCAGUAGAUAACCACCUUGUAAGUGAUGAAAGAAAAAAUAUUGAUUGUAAACUUGAAGUGGCAGAGGCAUUAGAAGAUGAAAGAGAGGAUAUAGAACCAAAGGUUCAGGAAGACCCACAAGAAGAGGCUGGAUGCGUUUUGUGGGACCUUGCUGCAAAUCCUUCUCAUGCAGAAUUCAUGGUGGAAAAUCACGUGUUGGAUGUUCUGGUAGCUAUGUUAAGAAUUUCGGUACCAGAUAGAAUGAGGGAGAUAUGCUUGGGCAUAAUGGGGAAUUUGGCUUGUCAUGCUGUUCCAGAAAGAGCUAUGGUCACCACAAAUGGGUUGGUGCAGAUAGUUGUGCAACAACUGUUUCUUAAUGAUUCUCCAAGUCUUUCUGAAAUUUGCAGGUUGUUGAGUGCAGGACUUCACAGUGAAGAAGCCAUAAGCUGGGCAGAGGCUUUAGAGCCUGAGCAGAUUUUACAACGUAUUAUGUGGAUUGCAGCUAAUACCAUGAAUUCUCACCUAUUAGAAAAGAGCACAGAGUUACUACUAGCUAUGGUGGACAGCCCGAAAGAGGCAUCAACAUCUCUGAUUCCGCCUCUGGUGCGCUUAGGACUUCCUGAACUCCUUACAGACCUUUUGACUUGUGAGAUCACAGCAAUUACUGAGGGAACACCUGCUCACGGCAAUGUAGUUUUGGACACAAUUCUUCAAAUAGGUGAAGCUCUUUCACUUGCUGACGGGCAUUCAGCAGAGCUGGCCUCCAAUAAGAAGCUCUUUGAUAUUGCUUGUAAAGUGAUAAAACUUUCUGGAAAAGAUGAGGUUGGUCCUCCGGGAAUCACUGCUGCUGUUUUGGUGGCAAAUCUUUUAGCAGAACAAGAGAAGCUUAUUGAUGAAAUUUUGAAUGAUCCGAAUUUUUUACAGAAUCUUUUGGAACUACUGCCUUCUGUUUCGGAUGACCCUGGAGCUCGAAAUGCAUUAUGGAGCAUACUAGGAAGAUUAUUUGAUAAUAUUGCAUUGUCUCAAGAAAUGCAAUCUAUCAAAAAAGAAUUAGUCUUAGUGUUGGUCAGCCAGUCAGAUUUGAUUGCAGAAGAUUUGGAUGACCAUCGAGAAGAAGACACUGGCGAAGAUGAUAAAACACCGUUUACUGAGCAAGCUGAAAUUGCCACUUUCAACAAGGGAUUCAAAGCUAAGAUUGCAACCGUUAACAAGAUGGUAGAUAUACUUGAUGAUUGGAUUAAAACAGAAGAAGAAAGUUCAGUUCAAGAGUUGUCCCGGUCAGUGAAAUCAGCCUCCAAACUACUGAAAUCUACAUUAGCUGAUAAAUCCUAUGUGGACGAUAGGAAAUCAGAAAAGCAUUCAUGACAAUUUUCAGUUAUGCACCUUCAUUGCAAUUUCUACAGAAUGUGUUACAUGACAAGAAAAAAAUCAUUACUGAUUGGCCAGUUGUCAAAAAGAAUGUAGGAUCAGUUGUCAUUUGCUCUUGAAAAGGUUCUAACAAUGUAUUCAACCCAUAGACACCAAAGCUGGUACUUAUUUUUUGAAGCCAUACUGACAUUGUCCUUGAAUCUCACCUUUCCAAGAAAGGUUGAGACACUCAAAAGUGGACAAAAAAGUUGAUUGUAAUAUGGUUUAAAGACGUUUAUAUGAAAGAACUAAUAGCUGCUUUGUCCCAAAGUGAUACCUCGGAUGUCCAAUCAAAAUGGCUUUCAAUUUAGUCUUUAUUACCUUUUA